UGCUCAUAUCUCUGAGUUGUUACGAUUCAAUUUCUACACCGCUGUUUCAGACGCAUUCUCACAAGUUCACUUUCAUACUUUAAUUUCUAAUAUUGAAAUCUCUAGUCCGAGCCCUUAGUCUGUCCAUUGCUCAAAUUAAAAAUAAGAGAUUGCUAUGCAUUAUGAGCUACAUGCACAUGGGUCUCCUGCCCCACAUGAGCCUCCCAAGUCAAUCCCCCAUUUGUUGUGCAGCGGCUUCCAGUAGAUAGCAGAAUAUAAAGAAAAAUAUAUCACAAGAACCAACUAUCCCAUGUGUUUCGUUCUGUGCAGUAGAUUCAGAAAUUGUGCAAAAAACAACAAUGGAUUGUUUUGAUGAUGACCCUUUUGAGACAUCCUCUAGUAGGGAUGUAAAGGUGGAUGGUGUUCACCAGCUUUUGGAGGAGGGUUGGUUCUUUGGGAAACUGCUCACCAGGAAACCAAGAUCAUCUUUAAUGCUGAGGUGCUACUCUGAUCCUACUCCAAACUUUGAUCAAGCAAUUUUAGCAGAGAACAAUCCAUGCAUAGGGAAAGUUGUAGGUAAUUCGAUUCGUGAACCAUCAUUGCUGCCUUGUAUAGGCUGGAGAGAAGAGAAAAUUGAAGAGAAACAGCCGACCUGCAGGCAAUUAUCAGAUAAAGCUUCGGUACAACAGCCUAUCAAACCAACUACUUGUGCAGAAGGUAUUCAAGAGAAUAGAAGGAGCAAAGUGAUCACAGGGCAACCAUCAAAGCACAAAUUACUUAGAACACCAUCUCUACCCCCUUGUAUAGGUAGGAAAGAAGUAGAAGAAGAAGAAGAGAAUGAUGAUAACAUUACAAUGAGCAGAUUGAUUCGCCAAGCAAUGUCUCCUCGUCAUACUUCAAAGGGUAUGAUACAAAGUUCCAGCAUGCCAAGGUACAGCCCACCAAGAAACUGGAAGAUGCAAACCAUUGACACAGUUAAUGCUAACUCUAAACAAAAGAGGAAUCUUGGAUGUUCUAACCAAAGAAAUAUACAGAGAAGCCUAAGUAAUAUUGAAUCUCAAGAAGUGCAAGGGUUCAAGGACUUGGGAUUCACAUUUAACAAACAAGACCUAAACCCAAGUGAGGCUGGAAUUCUCCCUGGUUUGCAAGACGAGCAAAAAAAAAACCAAGAUCAUCAAGACCAUGACAAAGUGAGGAGGAGACCUCAUCUUUCUAAGGCAUGGCAUCUGCAAAAGCAAAGUUGUGCACCUCCAAUUCCCAUUUGGGCUCCCAAAAAUUCAGCACAAGAAAUGAAGGCACAACUCAAGUAUUGGGCUAGAGCAGUCGCCUCUAAUGUACGCUAAUCAAUUUUUUUUGGCCUUCUGGCAAUUCCUAACAUUUGUUGGACUUUUGAUGGGUGUAUGCUUCACAAAUGAGCUACUCUUGUCACCUUGUAUUAAGAGCAAACUUGCAAGAACUGGAGGAAUGCCUUAGAGGAUUGAAGAAAUAACAAUUCCUGUUGAUUUUUAAGUCUGUAUUUUUCUAAUACUUGAGGGAUUCAAUAAUCUGUAACAAUAACAAUAAGUCCUUUUUAUCAUUUGAUUUGCAACAAUAAAACAUAUUCUGAUUUCAUAUUUCUCAUAAUUUUAUUGAUUUAGCCA